AUGCGGCGGAGUCGAGUCCCGUCCUCGCCGUCGUCUCCCUAUAGGGCCCUCGCCCACCAUCACGCCAGUGGUGGUGGUCAGCAGGCCCCCGAGUCUGUCUCGUCCCUGAUCAGGUCAUUCAAUGGCGAGACGAACCCGACCCGGCCCAUGCGGCCGAGCCCUCUCACGGCUUCGACUAUUGCGGACAUGCCGCUCGAGCUGGUCGACCGCAUACGCUCCUUCCCCCUCUUUAUGUCUGCCCCGGACGAGUUCCUCGCUGCCAUCGGCAAGCAUUUAAGAAUCCAGGUCCACUCCGCCCACGACCACAUCCUCAACGAGGGUGACGACGCUCGAGCAAUGUAUUGGCUGGUCCGUGGUUUCGUUGCCGUCACCUCGCGUGACGGCGAGGCUGUCUACGCCGAGCUCAAGCCCGGCGCCUUCUUUGGCGAGAUCGGUGUCCUCAUGGACGUGCCCAGGACCGCGACCAUCAUUGCCCGCUCAAAGUGCAUGCUCGCCGUGCUGAAAAAGGAAGACCUGCAGGCCGAGCUUCCCAACUUUCCCGACAUGGAGAAGGCCAUCCGGCAGGAGGCACAAGAGAGGCUGACCAUCCUCAAGAAGAAGCAGCAGGAGAGGGGCUCCUCCUUUGGCAAGGCUGUUGACAGCACUAGCGCAAAGGCCCGCGAAGCUGCUCCGGGCCAGGUGUCGACGGGAGAGGUCGGCACCAUCUCCGACGGCGCGGUCAUCAAGAGCAAGAAGCGCAAGUCGCCCAGUCCAGGCAUCAUCGAAGACCCGGCCGUAGGAGGCAGUGCGUUGACCAGCGGCUACUUCAACGUGCGCAAGACCCUCAAGGAGCUGCCCCUUUUCUCGACGUUGCCGACCGACAUCCUCCACUUCCUCGGGCUGAGCGCACAGCUCAAGACCUACCCACCCUUCACAGACAUCGUGCAGCAGGGCAGCUCCGGGCAGGAAAUAUACUUUAUUGUCAGGGGCGAGGCCGAGGUAAUACAUGAGGAGCCAGAAGAAUUGAGUCCGACGCGGACCACCAGCCCCUCUGGCAUCCGGCCACGACUAAUGCAGGGGCAGUACUUUGGUGAGGUUGCUAGCCUUGGCCUGUCACAGGGCCGCACCGCUACCGUCCGUUCGAUUACCACGGUUGAGUGUCUGAUGAUCGGAGGCGAUGCGCUGGACGAACUAUGGCGCCGGUGCCCGCCCGACCUGAGACAACAGGUCGAGCAGACAGCUAAAACGCGCUACCAGAAGUCAGAUGACGGCGACCUAGAGAUGGAAGAUGUUGGACACAGGGAGUCAACGGCUGAUGCUCAACGGCCAGCCACCCCCCAGCGGAGGCUCUCACUGCCUCAAGUAGUCUUCACGACGCCCUCGAAGCCCGCAUCUCCCGCCAACGACGAGUCCGAGACGCGGCAACCGAGCGAUCCUGACCCCUUCCUCAGCGUUGACAUGGAGAACCUGCGCAACAGGCGGAGAAACUCCCUGGCACCGCCAACGCCUCAAUCGGAACCUAGCUCACCCCCAUCCUCAAUUCACGGGAGCAGGGUCAACUCGAUAGACAGCAGUCCUCUCAAGUUUUUCACGUUCCCUCCUCCCACCCCGACCGAGGACGAGGCGGGACCUUACAAGAAGGCACGCAUACUCCCUUCGCGGCCUCGAACAGCGACGUCGGAGAUCCCGCAGCUUACCGAUGAGGUGCUCGUCGGCAUCUUCCAACAAUUGAACUUUAUGGAGCUCAUCCGCAUGCGCGCCGUCUCACGACACUGGCGGCAGCUCCUCUCAGAGUCGCCCAAGCUCUGCACGCACGUCGACCUCAGCCCGUUCAAUCGCCAGAUCUCAGACUGGGCGCUGGUCAACAUCGUCGCCCCCUUCAUCGGCACCCGGCCUGUCGAGAUCGACAUCAGCAACUGCUUCCACGUGAGCGACGAAGGGUUCCAGGCGCUGUGGAAGCGCUGCGGCCAGAACGUCAAGGUCUGGCGUAUGAAGUCGGUCUGGGAGGUCUCUGCUACCCAGAUCCUCGACAUGAGCGAGAACGCCAAGGGCCUGGAGGAGAUCGACUGGAGCAACUGCCGCAAGCUCGGCGGCCAGGAAGAGCGCCAAGGCAGCGAAAAAGCCGGCCUCGACGUCGCCGACGACGACGACGACGGCGGCGGGUCCGGCCCCGGGCAGCGUCGUCGGGUGCCCCAACCUGAAGCGGCUCAACCUCUCGUACUGCAAGCACAUCACGGACCGGUCGAUGGCGCACCUGGCGGCGCACGCGUCGCCGCGGCUGACGUCGCUGUCGCUGACGCGCUGCACGUCCAUCACGGACGCCGGGUUCCAGGCCUGGGCGCCGCACCACUUCUCGCAGCUGCGGAGACUGUGCCUCGCCGACUGCACGUACCUGUCGGACAACGCCGUCGUGGCGCUCGUCAACGCGGCCAAGAACCUGACGCACCUGGACCUGAGCUUCUGCUGCGCGCUGUCGGACACGGCGACCGAGGUCGUCGCGCUGGGCCUGCAGCGGCUCCGGGAGCUGCGGCUCGCGUUCUGCGGGAGCGCGGUCAGCGACGCCAGCCUCGGCUGCGUGGCGCUGCAUCUCCACGAGCUGAGGGGCCUGAGCGUCCGCGGCUGCGUGCGGGUCACGGGCGUGGGCGUCGAGAACGUGCUCGAGGGGUGCGGGCGGCUCGAGUGGCUUGA